AUGUCUCCUGCGUCUCUUGCUGCUGAUUUGCAGCCGGACCGACAGUUGAAAAUAUUGGCCCGAGGUUUUGAAGCUCUGCUACUGACCACACAACAACUCAGUUCCAAGGAGAAACUUCUUCAGCAACGCCUGGAAUAUGCCCAUGAUGAGUUUCUCAAGCUCGCAGACCGCUCUCCCCAAGGACUCGAUCCACACACCAAGAUUGUCGCAGAGAAGAUUCUCGGCCGUCUACAGUACAGUCCCGCACUGCAGAACCUAAAUCCAGUGGAUGUAGUAAAAGAUCUAUCAGAGUCUGGAAACGUAGGAGAUUCGAGUCUUGCUGCCAUAACAGAGGGGGUGGGGAUAUUCAAAUCGUUCCUCAACCCUGAUGAUGAUGGAUCAACCGGCGUGGUUGCGACAAGAGCUCGCUCGUUAGAGAGAGACUUUACUACCAGGGGCACGCGUGGAAGUCUGCGCUGCCCUUUCUCAAAGCCUCAUAGUCUGUCCUCUGAAAAUGGGGUCAACGGGAUUGCAGCGCCGUUUAACGGCGAUACCUGCGGUUUCCAGCACUUAGACCCCAUCAAGGAGGAGCAGAUGGAGAGACGAUCGAGUCAAGCUCCUUCUGCGAGCGUGCGGUCUUCGACUCGCUGCCCUGCCUCUCGCUGCCCCAUUAGGUUCCUAGAUCAGCAUAGCCCGGAAGAAAUCGCCGACUAUGUUGAACGACACAAACAUGAAAUUCCUAGAAGCCAUGCCAUAUGUGUCAAACGGUAUUCCAACAGCACGCGACAAAUGGAUGCAAAAUAUGGCGACCUCACCAAUAUGAUCCGAGGUUUGUCACAGAAACAUCAAGCCUUCCUCCCUGGGCCGUGCUUGCGAGCUGCCAGUUCUUCAGCAGAGCGCGUCGAAAAAUGGGCGGAAGAUGUCAAACCACAAACGCCGGCUGAAGGAGACGAAGCUGGCGAGGAUGACGAAGAUCGAAAGGGCCAUUUCGACCGGCCUCUGCGAGAAGUUCGCGUUGGAGAAUCACCGAGCCGGCCUUGGGGAAUCCAUGUUCCUAUUCCUCCACCUCCAGCAAAUGAUCCUACUGUGCAGUUACCACCGGCUCACGACCUGGCUACGGAUAAACCAUCUGAUGGUGCUGCGACAGGCGCGCCCAAGGGCCGUUGUCCGUUUGGUCACGGCGCUGGCCCGCCUCCUCCAGACCAUCCAGCCAUCGACACCGAGACUGUUCGCAAGGAGCCCAUCAAUACACCCGAUGCCACCAGCACGAGGGAUGACAAGCCUAUUGACGACCCGCCAAAGCCGUCCACAGCGAACGUUGUGUUCAAUGGGCCAGUGUUUUUCGGUUUCUCCCCGGAACAGACUGCGGUGUUCAUGCAGCAGCUGGCAAGUCUAGGGAAAUCGCCUAUUCCUGGAAGCACAGAGAGCACAGUCCUUCACGCUGAGGCGGCGGAUCCUUCGAAUGCGACCACCAAAGCUCAGACGCGACUUCUUACCCGCCAGAUUGCAUAUAUCUUGCGCCAUCACUUCGGUGUUGGAAGACAAGGGGCAGGCAUGGAUGUCGUUGUCGGUGUUUCCGGGGGCCAGGUGUUACUCCCGUCUGUCUUCUACGGCGUUGUAGCGGCUGGUGGUGUUUGGAGUGCUGCUUCUUCGACUGCUACUCCUCCUGAGCUGGAGAGACAGAUCCUUCAGGGAAGCAGCCGUUUACUCAUCGCAGGCCCCGAGUCCAAGGAUGUGGUGUUAAAGGCGGCCAGAGCAGCGGGUGUUCCAGAAAACCGUGUCCUUGUCCUGCGUAGUGCAGGCCACGAGCGUAUACUCCAGAAUGUUGCCACGGGACAAAACUACCUUGAUGAGUUGAAGCCGUCCGAUGUGUUGGAUUGGGAGCGUAUCACAGACCCCAAAAAACUGGAGGACUCGCUUAUCUGCCUUUUAUACAGCAGUGGCACGACGGGUGUGCCCAAGGGUGUCAACAUCUCGCACACGAACAUGGUCACUGAGGCGCUGAUUCCUCUCUACUAUGAUCUCGAGUACAUUGCCAAAAAAAGAGCAGCCGACCCCAAGUACGAGCAUCCCUACCGGACAUUGGCACACCUUCCCACUGCUCAUAUCGCUGGGUGCCAGGGAUACUUUGCUAAUCCAGCCGUUGCAGGCGGCACAGUCUUCUGGAUGGAGAAGUUCGAUUUUGCAAAGUUCUUGGAGUACAACAAGAAGCUAGAGAUCACCACUUUUUUUACCGUGCCCCCGAUUUAUCUGCUGAUAUCCCUCAGCCCGGCUGUCACGGAUCACUUCAAGUCAUUGCGCCGCGCGUACUCUGGUGCCGCUCCCAUGGGCGCAGAUUUACAGACUAAGGCGCAAAAGAAGCUUGGAUGCCUGAUCAAUCAAACCUGGGGUCUGAGUGAAACAACCGGUAGUACGACAGGCAUGCCCUGGGAGACAGAAGAACUCACCGGCAGCGUGAGUCGCCUGUGGCCAAACAUGCGUCUGCGGAUCGUCGACGAGGACGGCAAGGAUGUCGAGGAGGGCAAAGAGGGCGAAUUCCUCAUCAAGGGACCCGUCGUAACCAAGGGCUACUACGGGAACCCACAAGCCACCAAGGAGGCCUUUACUGAGGAUGGCUGGUUCAAAUCUGGAGACAUUGGUCUGCGCCGCAACGGGCUGUUCUACGUCGUUGAUCGGAAGAAGGAACUCAUCAAAUACAAAGGACUUCAAGUCGCCCCUGCUGAGCUCGAAGCUCACCUCAUCUCUCACCCUCUCAUCUUCGAUGCCGCCGUCAUUGGUGUUCCAGCACCCGACGGCUCCGGGAACGAGGUUCCACGCGCGUACGUCGUCGCGGAUAAGACGAGGAUCAGCGAAGAUCAGGUCAAGGACUUUGUCAAGAGCCACCUUGCACAUUACAAGCAGCUCCGUGGUGGCGUAAUGUAUCUGCCCGCAAUCCCUAAGAGCCCGAGUGGCAAGAUCCUGCGCCGAGAACUCCGUGAUCUGGUGAAGAAGGAGGCGCAAAGUGCUAGGCUGUAG